AUUUGUGAUGCAGAUUUGUCCGCGAUGGUACGCCAUCCCCCUGAACUUCUUGUCGCUACUCGUGGUCCUUUACGCCCUGGCUGCUGCACUGAAGUUCAGCGGAGCGGUGCCGGACCUCAAAGAACGAAGCUUCGUGCUGGCGGUCGUCAGGUUGGCCUUUUUGUUGGCCCUGCCAUUUCUCUUCUUCUCCGUGGUGUCCUCUGUCCGCUGCGUGCAGCGGCUGCCGGCAGAUGAGGCGGCCAUGCUGCUCUUCAGGUACUGGAAGGAUUCCACCGACGAUCCCGGUACCAAGGAGUUGCCGGAGAAGUUCCAGGGGGUCUUUUGGUUCAGCACCGAUCCCUCGCCGGAGCUCUGCAUCAACUUCCAGGCUGCGGCCUUCGAUGCCGCUACCAGGACCAUGAAGCUCUAUCCCGGCAGCUCAUAUACAUGGGUCUGGUGCGACAGCUGCGUGGGCUGGGCGUUUUACUUGUUCUUUGCCUUCGUGAACCCCAUUUACAGUCUCCAAGUGCGUUGGGAGGAGGGCUAUCAGAAGGCCUAUUUGCCCAGCAUCCUUUUCGGAUGCUCGCCACCCGAAGAAGAUUCGAUAUUGACGUAUUGUUGGGUUUAUAAAUUUCGGAUAAAGAGCUGGAAAAUGUUUGGGCAGAGCUUUGGAACAUGGCUGUUUAGACCUCCAAGAUUUCAUUGUGGCAUCAAUUGGAGAUGGUGAGAUGGUAGAGUGCCUGGCAUGGCAUGACCCUAAAUAUCGGUUUGUUCAUGAGCCUUGGCUUCAAAGCAGGUCGCCCCCAUUAUCAGGAUGUUUCAAUAUCGACUGGCUCACGUGCUCUGCAAUGUACAUUGAGCAGAUGGAUGAAAGCGAAUUCGCCCGGACCACCUAUGUCCUGGGGCGUCCUUUUAAGCAUGGCUCAUACUCCCUGAAGAAGGUGGUGGACAAAGAUGGACGGCCACUACCUGCCUUCGACGACAUGAUCUUGUCUCUCAAGGAGAAACGAGUGGUCCAAGGAUAUGUGAAACCAUGGGGUCAGUUGGUGCGAGGCAACCUUUGCUGACUUCAACUGUUCCAGGAAUCACACUCGUUGGAGAA